UGUGGUAUCCACCCUGGCUUGGAGGGAAUGGAUGCUCUUCCCUACAUAGACUUGAUUGACCCAGCUGAGAUAGACCUGCUGCUCAUCAGCCAUUUCCAUUUGGAUCACUGUGGAGCUCUGCCUUGGUUCCUCCAGAAAACCAGCUUCAAAGGCAGGACCUUCAUGACCCACGCCACUAAGGCUAUCUACCGCUGGCUGCUGUCGGACUACGUCAAAGUCAGCAACAUUUCUGCAGAUGACAUGCUGUACUCUGAAACUGAUCUGGAGGAGAGCAUGGAUAAGAUUGAGACCAUCAACUUCCACGAGGUGAAGGAGGUGGCUGGAAUCAAGUUCUGGUGUUACCACGCUGGUCAUGUGCUGGGAGCUGCCAUGUUCAUGAUUGAAAUAGCUGGAGUCAAGCUGUUGUACACGGGUGACUUCUCCCGACAGGAAGACAGACAUCUGAUGGCAGCUGAGAUCCCCAGUGUCAAACCUGACAUCUUAAUCAUAGAGUCGACCUACGGCACCCACAUCCACGAGAAGAGGGAGGAGCGUGAAGCUCGGUUCUGUAACACAGUCCAUGACAUUGUCAACAGAGAAGGCCGCUGUUUAAUUCCUGUGUUCGCUCUGGGGCGGGCCCAGGAACUGCUGCUUAUCCUGGAUGAGUACUGGCAGAACCACCCAGAGCUCCAUGACAUCCCCAUCUACUACGCCUCAUCGCUGGCCAAGAAGUGCAUGGCUGUGUACCAGACCUACGUCAACGCAAUGAACGACAAAAUCCGCAAGGCCAUCAACAUCAACAACCCUUUUGUCUUCAAGCACAUCAGCAACCUCAAGAGCAUGGAUCACUUUGAUGACAUUGGUCCCAGUGUGGUGAUGGCGUCUCCAGGUAUGAUGCAAAGCGGCCUCUCUAGAGAGCUUUUUGAGAGCUGGUGCACUGAUAAGAGAAACGGAGUCAUCAUCGCUGGAUACUGUGUGGAGGGCACACUUGCCAAG